AGCUAAGGUCGGUCUUGCAAACCAUAAGCUUACACUUAUCAUAGAUACAAUAUUGGAAUUAUCGCUCCCAUCUACGUCAAUCCCGGCUUUAUCAAAGCCCUCCACAAGCCGACUGCUGCUCAGAAGGGACUAAUCACAGCUAUCUACUAUCUUGGCACCUGGACAAGCUAUGUCUUCCUCUCUGGCAUGGCAAGCGACAAGCUUGGGAGAAGAUACGCUGCUCUCAUGGGCACAGUCAUUACCUGCAUUGGAGGAGCGGUACAGGCGGGGUCUCAUGGGAAAUCUGCAUUGGCGAUGAUGGUGAUUGGACGUAUCUUGUCUGGGUUUGGAAAUGCCAUCAUCUCCACAUCUGUGCCAUUGUAUCAAAGUGAAAUCGCUCCAGCCAAGAGGAGAGGAGGUCUGGUCGUCAUGAACCACAUUGGCAUGGUCAGUGGUCUAGCGACCGCCUUCUGGGUGGGAUAUGGAGUUUCGCAUUGGAAAACAUCAACGGGGUUUACUCAAGGAUGGCGUCUCGCAAUUUCUCUGCAAUUCAUUCCUGCUCUUCUCUUCGUCAUUGGAUUGCCCUUCGUUCCAGAAACGCCUCGUUGGCUCCUCGAACAAGGCCGGCCACUAGAUGCCCAAAAGUCCCUUCAAUACCUUCGUGGCUGCGACGAUAGUCCCGACGUUGUAUCCGAGGAGCUGACAGAAAUUAAAGAGAACGUCGAACUGCACAACACCAUCGAUGAAGCGCCAUGGCAUGUUCUCUUCACAGAUCGCAAUCUUUUUGCACGUCUAUGGCGUGGCGCAGUGCUGCAAUUUAUGGCUCAGAUGUGCGGGGCAACGGCUAUCAAGUACUAUCUCCCGACAGUCUUUCUCGCACUAGGCUUGUCAAAAGAUCUCAGUCUGAUGGCGGGUGGAAUUGAGAGUACUUUAAAGAUCGGAUGCUCGAUUAUCGAGAUGUUGAUCAUUGAUAAGCUGGGAAGGAGAAGAACGCUACUUCUUGGAUCGGCAAUCAUGUCGGUUUCUAUGCUCAUCAACGGCGCAUUGCCUCUCGCAUAUCCGGAUAACGCCAACAGAGCAUCUGACUACGCCUGUAUCGUCUUCAUAUUCUUCUUUUCCUUUGGGUACUCCAUCGGAUUUGGACCCAACGCCUGGGUCUAUGGGACUGAGAUCUUCCCUACGCACGUCCGAGCAAAAGGCAUCAAUAUUUCUGCAAGUGCUGGAGCCAUUGGCUCCAUCGCUGUAGGCCAGUACUUCCCAGUGGCUAUCGACAAUAUCAAAUCGAAGACAUACUUCAUCUUUUUCUCCAUCAACAUCGUAUCAUUCAUUGUCUUGGCGAUAUUCUACCCAGAAACCAAGGGGAGGACCCUGGAACAGAUGGACGACUUGUUUGGGAAACUUCAUUCGGAUCCGGAGCGAGAUCAUGCGGUGAUUACAGAUGAUGAGCAAGAGCAUAGAGAUCAGGAUCAUGUGGAAGAGCAGACAGUUGUUGGAAGCAGAAAGCUUUGAGGCUAACGUGAUCAUUUCAGCUCCUAAGCAUCAUGUCUCUGAAUCUUCUCCGCCAUCUUCAAUUCCUCAGCAGCAGCCUCAUCUCUCACCUUAUCUUCCUCUUCAAGCUUCAUGUUCCUCAUAAAGAUGAUGAUAAUGAAUAGAGGCAGAGAUAGGCACAAUGAUGCAGUUGACAACGAUCGUUGCGUCUCUCGAUAUCCCAGGUUGAUCGCAUCUCUGGCUGCGGUUCCAGCCUUAUACUUCUUGGCAGUGACAAUAGAGCCAAAUAUUGCUUUUGCGACAGAUUUAUUCUCUGUUGGGAGGUAUUGAUUCAAUUUCCUGGGAAGUAUACCGUUCCAAAUUGCUCCUCCGAUACUA